AAUUCUUGAACUAUUUUUUGAUGUGUAAUUAAUAAAAACUUGGAAAAGCUUCUCUCCUUUUAGCUUUUCCUCAUUCUCCAACACACCAACAGCCACUACUACUCUCUGAACAAGAAGAUCAGGCAGUUUCCACUAACACUCAGCUGCCUUAACUACAAAGAAAUCGACAUCCUAUUUUCAUGUUCGAUCCCACAAACAACAUAAGAAGAAACCACCACAGUACAUCACCAGCUAACUCCAACAAUCCUGUCUGAAUCUGUAAAUGGGCUUCCCCUCUUCCAUCACUCUGAUGAUUUUCCUAUCACUAGCAUCCUUACAGGCCUUAAACGUCGAAUCCCAAGUAAUCAAAUCGGCGCGCCUUCUUGAUCUCGUCAUCAGGGACUACACAUUCCGAUCAUACAACAAGAAUUUCAGGACAGGGAAACUACACAGGAUCAAUCUACCAGCAAACCUGUCAGGCAUACAGGUCGAUACGAUAAGGUUCCGUUGUGGCAGUCUCCAUAGAUAUGGAGCAAAAAUCAAGGAAUUCCACUUAGACAUCGGCACGUACGUCCAUCCUUGCACGAAAAGGGUCAUGCUCGUUCGACAAAAUCUUGGAUCCAACUGGUCAUCGUUGUACUACGAUAACUACGAGUUAUCAGGCUAUCAGCUCAUUUCGCCCGUCUUAGGCCUGCUAGCAUACAACGUUGGCCGCACGGGUAACACGACCAUUCCAUCCGAGCUCGGAAUCCAGGCUGGGAAAAAGCCGAUCACCAUAGAUUUUAGCAGCACAACGUUGUUAAACACGAAUUCAGGGAUCAUCCCUUUAUGUGCGAGCUUCGAUCAGGAUGGGAAAGUUACAUUAUCGAACCAAGCUCGGCAUAGAGUUUGCGUUGCAAAGAGGGACGGGCACUUCGGGCUGGUGGUGGAGUCGCCGUUAAUGCCAUUGAGGCGGAAGGUUAGUAAGUGGAAGAUCGCGAUCGGGAGCUCGAUUGGAGCAGCACUGGGGGCUUUUCUUCUGAGUUUGCUGAUGAUCGCAAUGUUGGUUAACGCGAAGAAGAAAGCAAGAAUGGAGGAGUUGGAGAGAAUGGCUUAUGAGGAGGAGGCUUUGCAGGUGUCCAUGGUAGGACAUGUGAGGGCUGUUACUGCUUCAGGGACAAGAACUUCGCCUAUAAUUGAGCAUUAUGAGUACAGACAUCCUCCUCCUCAUCCUCCUGCUAAUUGAUGGUAGAGUUCGUAGAUUCUUGUCUUUUCUGUUUUGUGUCAAUUCUUGUUGUAUGAAUUGUGAUUUAAUUAUUUGAGGUGUAGGUAUGAGGUUUCAAA